GCGGCGGCGCCGGUUGCAGGCGGAAGAAGUGGGCGGUGGCGACAAGGAAGUAGUAACUAGUAAGGGUGUUCUUUAACAACUCGGGGUUUCAGAGGUGGAAGAAGAUUUAUUGAGAGACGAUGAGGAGGGGACAAUUGUGUCCGCCAGCGAUAUUUCGGCUGCUAUGGUGGCAGGCCAAAGAGCAGUUAUCAGUAGGAAAUGGUGAUGCAGAGCCUGUGAUGCCAAAAUUUGAAGUGAGGGAUUUAGAGAGUUUAGAUGGGAGGUAUGACACUGUGGUUUGUCUAGAUGUUCUCAUGCAUUACCCUCGGAGUAAAGCUGAUGGGAUGAUUGCACACCUUGCUUCAUUAGCUGAAAAGAGAUUAAUUUUGAGCUUUGCACUGAAGACAUUAUAUUAUGAUCUUCUUAAGAGGGUAGGGGAGUUGUUCCCAGGACCAUCAAAGGCAACGAGAGCUUAUCUUCAUGCAGAAGCAGAUGUAGAGAGGGCAUUGAAUAAGGUUGGGUGGAAAAUAAGAAAGAGACGCUUAAUCACCAUGCAGUUCUCCUUUGCUAGGCUCGUUGAAGCUGUUCCAGCAUAGAGGAAGACGUCCGAUUUUAAUUUAGUUUUCUUUCACAUUUUCUGUUGCUAGAAAUGUUAGCAAAUCUCUCAAGUUUCUUUGUAAAGCCAUUAUUUUUCCACCAAAAUUGCCUUGAUACCUAUAUUGUAUUUUAGAUGUCUCAUCUGUAUAGCUAACUUCAAAUGCUACUUGAUUAGCAUUUUUUUGGUUGUUAUUGAAAAGUUCACUAAUUCAUAUAUCUCAGAAGCAUGCAAUACACCUUUUUUUCCCUC